AUGUCAUUUGUAAAUGAGUCUCUGACUAAUGUGACAGCUGGACAGCAGUAUCACAGCCUGGUUGGCAUUGUGUUGUCUUCUGCUCUGACUACUCUGACUUGUUGUGUCUUUCUGUUCAUUAAUGGGACUCUGUUGUACACACUGAGGAGUAAAUCAGGGUUUAGAGAGACGUCUCGAUACCUCCUGCUCUAUAACCUCCUCUUUGCAGACACCGUACAGCUGGCAGAGAGUCAGGUUCUCUUCUUAUUUUCCGCUGGUAGAGUGAUGCUCUCAUAUCCUGUUUGUGGGAUUCUCGCUUUUCUUUCUAAUCUGACGUUUGUGAUCUCUCCUCUGACUCUGGUGGUGAUGUCUCUGGAGAGGUAUGUAGCCGUGUGCUACCCACUCAGACACUCUUCCAUCAUCACGGUCAGAAACACAGGGCUGGCUAUCGUCCUAGUCUGGGCCUUCGGUUCACUAAAUGUACUUGCUCACAUUUCAUUGCUGUUACAGUUUCCCUUUGCAGACCUGGAGAGUCUGCAGAUGAAAGACCACUGCACCAUCUCUGCUAUGAUGCUCACUCAAAUAUCUUAUCAUUUCGAAGAAGCUUUUACUUGUUUUCUGUUUGCUGUAGCUGGUGUGACAGUCAUUUCCUCUUAUAUUGGUGUUAUAGUAGUAGCCAGGUCGGCCUCCACAGACAAAGCUUCAGCUCGUAAAGCUCGUAACACAAUGACGCUGCAUCUAGUCCAGCUGGGACUCAGUCUGUUGUCAACUGUGCACAACCCAAUACUCGCCACUCUGUCACAAAUUAUGUCCAGGGUAGAACUUUUGCGCAUUCAAAUUUUUAUUUAUAUGUGUACGAUCUUGCUCCCCAGAUGUCUGAGUGCUCUCAUUUACGGCCUCAGAGACCAGACCAUCAGACCCGUCCUCAUGCACCAUCUCUGCUGUCGACUCAACCACACGCAUUAGAUUCUUCACAGUAGUUGACAUGAAACUUAACAGAUUCCUGGAGUCAUGAAAGUAGAGA